UUCCUCAGAUUCAGAUGAGGAGGGGAUGAGAUUCAACCCCAAACCACCACCAGCAUCCUCCUCAGUGACUGAGCUUCAGCGCCUCACCUCACCUUCCAGCGGCUACUCCACCCAGUCCAACACUCCCACUCCUGGCACUCCCAUCUCCUCCCCCUUUUACCCCCCCUCUCCCGGAGCCUUCGCCCUCCCCCCUGUCUCCACCUCUGUGUGUAGGGCAACGUCUCGGGGCGAAGGGAAGCCAAAGCCUCCAGUGCCUUUAAGGAAGUCCUCCCUUGUCUCCUCCCGCGCCUCCUCAUAUUCCUCCACCUACUCCCUAUCCUCUUGCACCUCCUUAGACUCUUCCAAGCUUCCUCUUCCUCCUUCUCUUCCGCAGUGUUUCUCUCCUUUGCCUUCGGUCUUCUCCUCCCACACACGCAUGUGUCCUCCUCCGGCCCCUCCUCUUCCUAGAGCAAGCUUGCCUUCUUACUCCUUCACCAAACUCUUUGCUUCUCCCCCUCUUCCUUCAUCUUCAUCUCAUCCUCCUCUCCCAACUCCCCCACCUCUCCCACCCUCUUCCCUUCCUCUGCCACCUCCUUCUCCAUCUUCAUCUUUUCCACCUCCUUAUUGCCUACCCUCAUCCCUCCCUCUACCUCCCCCACCUCCUCCUCCAUCUUUAUCUCUUCCUCCUCCACCUCCUCCUUUCAUACCAUUAUCCGUCCCUCUACCUCUUUCUCCAGCCACAUCUCUUCCUCCUCCCCCACCUCCUCCUCUCCCACCAUCCUCUCGCCCCCCACCUCCCCCCUACUCCUACGCCAUCAGGCAUAUGUCCCAUCUUAAUGUUUCUUCAUCAACUAACUUCCCUCCACCUCCUGUACCUGCAUUCUCAGAUUUCUUUGCGCUGCCAUUGGCUGACCUUUCACCCCUACCAGCACCUCCUCCCCUUUCACCUCUGUGA